AUGGACCCCCUAUCGGCGUUGGGACUCGCAUCGAACAUCAUCUCUUUCAUCGAUUUCGCUUCGAAUCUUGUGAAAGAUGCUGCCAACGUAUACCAGUCGGCUUCGGGCCUUCCAGCCGAAGUCCACGAUGCGGUAAUCAUUACCGAGAGCCUCGAGUCCUACAUGGCCCGGCUAUCCACGGCUACUCUGAAACCAGGCUUAUCUGUACACGACAAGGCGCUCGCGAGCCUUGUACAAGACUGUCAGAAAACUUGUGUCGAACUCCAACAGCUUGUCCGGAAAAUCAAGAGCAAGGCUCCUGGCUCGCGAACGGAGAGUUUCCGAGUCGCCUGGAGAGCGUUGCGGCGGAAGGGCAAGCUUGAAGAGCUGGAGAAAAGACUUGACAAAAUUCAGAGUCAGAUAUUGAGUCAGCUAGUCUUUAUGCUCCGGAAUGAGCACAGAGAAACCCACGGCAAAAUCAACUCGCUGAAUGCUCUAGAGGAAGAUCGUGCCUCUGAGAUCCAGCAUGUCAAACAGGAAAUUCUUACGAUGAUUCAGUCAGGGACGCGACAGACUCAAGAAGCGGUCUCCAACAACGAGCUGGAGCACAGGACGGUUCUCUGCGAAAUACGAGAUGCAAUCUCCAAGAUGUCGACCGCCAUGAAGUUUGCCAGCGGCGAAAAGCAGAUUCGGGACAUACUAUGGUUUCCUGAGCUGGAAACUCGAUUUGCGUCGAUAGAGAAAGCCCAUGGAAGUACCUAUCGCUGGCUUUUGCAUGAUCCAGAAAGCGACUCCGAGCAUGGCUCCGACGAUGAUUCCAUCAGUGUUUCGCCUACGUCUAGCGGAGUUACGCAAGAGGGCCAGGAUCAAGGCUCCGAAGACUCGAUGUCUAUUUCGUCUCAACCGGGUAAUUUCCAAGCAAACGAGUCUCAAGCCUGGCUUGAAGAGCCAGAGACUUCUGUAACUGGGGUCCAAUCGGAAACAUUGCAAGGAGAUGUUCCUGCCUCAGCUGGCGUGCUUGACCUUUCAACUCACACUUCUGUUGACUCCGACCAGUUUUCAGUCAAGACAAGCAUCUCAGUAAAGAGAGAAAGAGUCCAGCGACAAGUUUGGCGUGAGCAAUUCCUCAAUUGGCUUCAAGAUGACAACGGUCUUUUCUACAUCUCUGGCAAGCCUGGCUCAGGAAAAUCAACCCUCAUGAAAAGCAUCUGUCAAGACCCGCACUCACAAAAGCUUCUCCGGAUUUGGGCGAACAAGGACGGGAAAGACCUCCUCUACGCUGGAAACGGCAUUGAGAAGUCUUGUCAGCAGCCAACAACUUCUCAGUAA